AAAACGGAUAUAUUGGGGUUAUUUAAUUUUUUUCCUCUUUUCCCUUUUUUUUCGACGUUAUUAACCUUUUACUCCGACCGUAACUCCUUUUGUCUCUAACUUCUUGCGAUUUUUCUUUAAACAAUUUAUAAUGGCUAAAAAAGGAAAACAAGAUCUUCCACUUCAUAAAGUCAUCAUGGUCGGUUCGGGUGGUGUAGGCAAAUCUGCUUUGACUUUGCAAUAUAUGUAUGGCGACUUUGUUGAAGAAUAUGACCCAACAAAAGCAGACUCAUAUCGUAAGAAAGUAACGUUAGAUGGACAAGAAUGUCAGAUUGACAUUCUAGACACUGCUGGACAGGAAGAAUAUGCUGCCAUUCGUGAUAAUUAUUAUCGGUCUGGCGAAGGCUUUUUAUGUGUUUUUUCAAUUUGCGAGUAUGAAUCAUUUGUACAUACGCAAGAUUUCAGAGAUCAAAUUUCACGAGUACUUGAUGAUGAUAGCAUACCCUUUAUUCUUGUCGGUAAUAAAGCCGAUUUAGCCAAAAUUCGGAAGGUUCCGGAAGAGGAAGCUAAAAAUAGAGCUCGUGAAUGGGGUUGCGAUUAUUAUGAAACUUCUGCAAAAACACGAAAGAAUGUUGAUGAAGUAU